AAAUUUUUACAACACUAAAAAUGGUCGAAAAGGACGCAAAACGACGGAGAACUGAAGAAACGGGUGUCGAUCCCAUUUUUCAGUCAUUUUGGGGAGAUGAUUUCACCAUCCAAAGAGACGAAUUAAGAAGGGCACUAAAGAUUUUGGAAAACGGAUCUGAUGGCACAACAUUUGGUCUAUUGCAAAUCCAUUACACAAAUGCUAACAGAAGUCACGACUUCACUGCUGCAUCGAUUGAGUAUAGCACGAUAAGAGCCGCGAAAGAUCCUGUGUCGGGCACUCCAUUUGGUAUUUUCUUUAGUGAUCUUUUCAAGAAAGGAAUGGAUAUACUGAACAAUUACUUGGACGACAAUUGCUCCCAAGUCUACAUUCCAAAAGAGCUGCCAGAGAGAAAAGCAUUGCAGAAGUUAUUGGAAUUCCUUUCCAGUGAGAAAGAUCAUGAAGUUCUGUUGGAAGAGAAAGAUUAUGAUGAGUCACAAUGGUCUGUUGUACUUGCACAGCAUCUUUUGUCAAAACUUACACCUGACCGAAGAUACAUAAUUGAUUCAUUCCGUCCUCUAGCACUUGAAACUAACAAGUGUCUGUGUGAUGAAAUGGAUAAUCUGGUUGGUCAAGUUGGAGAUACUAGCUUUGGAUGUGAGAAAGGAUGGCAUGGAAAAACUGACAUUAUACUGGACGAACAAGUUCCUGUAUCUUUACUCAGAAAAGAAGAAAUCUCUGAGACAGAAGAUGAUUCAUCUAUAAACUGUAGACUUCCCACAGAUUCACCUAUACCUAAAGACUUGCCGCAGAUAAUUGCUCGGACAAUGGUUUUUUCAUUUUUGCAGAAAAAGUUGAAUAAGAGCAAAUGGAAACAUUUUUUGAUACCAGGAAUAGGUUUUUCAGGAAGUGAGCUAAUAAUUGUUUUUUAUGAUUCAGAAAACGAUGUGCUUAUUUCAACAAAACCAGUACAACUUUUUGAUCAAAAGCGAAUAAUAUAUUCAUCUCUCCUCCUUCUUUGGUUUUCACUUAACUUCAAACUAUUUUGUUUAGGAAUACCAAACACGCUGAAGAAUUUCAAGGCUUGCUUCUUUGAUUUUCCUGGAAUCUCUGAAAUGUAUACUAAUGAAGUUACACGACCUGUGCAGUUUUCAAAUAUAGAUCAGGAAGAAGGCUUAUCUUGGUCAAGCAACUGGGCAGUAUCAUUUAACAAAGAAGAAGAAAUACAUGUAGAUUACAUAACCCUUAAUAAGUAGGGCUAAGGUACUUACAGCAAGGCUGAUGUACUGGUUUUUAGCUUGACUAUUUGAAGAAAAGUCAGAGCUAUUCUACUCACACUGCAUGCAAGUAUGUAAAGCUAUCAUUUAAAGGCAUAUAGCUUUGAAAGUUAUUGUUUUCUUUUUCUAGGCCAAUUAUCAACAUCACUGGGUCAAGUCCCAUAACUUUGACAUGUAUUUUGGCUAGAUUAUGCCUCCUUUUGGACUUGGAAAAUCCUGGUUAAAGUUUUGCAUGCAAGUUACUAUCUCCAAAACUAAUGCAGGUAUUGAAUUGAAACUUCAUGUGUCUUCUGGGUUAUAAAACUAGGUCAUAGCAUCAAGUUCCAUAACUCUGACAUGUAUUUUGCAAAAUUAUAUCCCCUUUUGAACAUAAAAACUUCCGGUUAAAGUUUUACAUGCAAUCUCCAAAACUAAUGCCGGUGCUGGAUUGAAACUAUAGAUAUUUUAACAUUUCGGGUAAUAUUUUUAUGCCCCCAAAGGGAGGCAUAUUUGUUUUCAACUGUCCGUCAGUUUGUUUGUUCGCCCCAACGUUAACUUGUUGCAUGAAGGCACUUUACUCGCGAACCACGGCACCCAGGACAUUCAAACUUCACAUGCUAAUAGUACUUACUGAGUACACGACCCCUAUUGACUUUGGGAUCACCAGGUCAAAGGUCAAGGCGCUGCGGGGGCAUUUGUCACCAUUAGUGACAGCUCUUGUUGUUUCUGGGAUAACAAUUCAAAUAGUCGAGCAUUGGCUGUCUUACGAACAGCUUUCGUUUUUGCAAGACGUGAAAACUUCCAUAUCAUGCAUGUUCAUAAUAAAAUAAAAUAUAAAAUGUCUA